CAUUUAUGUAAUUUUGUCUUUAAUUUUGAUAUCUAUCUGGUAUUUUUCAUUUUCUACUUGACCCAGCUUUUUCUCAUUUCUCUCCUCUUUCUAAGCAAAAUUGAAAAAUAGACCAAUCUCGUCUCUAUCAAACCGAAUUUUCUGUUUAUAAAUGGCUCAACUCCGUGAAACACUCUUGAACGUCGAUCAGCAAUAAUUAUCCAUUAUACGAAUUGCAAUUAUAAUAAUCAUGAAACAAUACAAAUUGUGAGCUGGGCUAAGAUUAGCUGUUUAAAGUCACGGGGAGAACUUUAUAUUGGUCAAGAACCUUCGUUGAAUAACGGUGGUUCAAAAAUCGCUUCUAGCAAAUACUGGUCACAAAAACUAUAUGCUAAUGGAGAGAAAUGCAGUUUUCUUGUUCCAGAAGUAACAUUUUUGUGUUAUAUUAUUUCGGGGGAAGGCUUAAAGAUGGACCCUACGAAAUUGGAAGCAAUUAUCGAGUGGCCCGUACCUCGAACCAUACACGACAUACGUAGCUUUCACUGGUUGGCUUCAUUUUAUAGGCGAUUCAUACGAAAUUUUAUCACAAUCAUCGCGUAUAUUACCGAGUGCUUGAAGGGCGGUCAUUUUCAGUGGACAAUUGAAGCUUCUAAAGCCUUUGAGGAACUCAAAGUCAAGGUAACACAAUCUCCGGUCUUAGCCCUACCUGAUUUUUCGUGUGCCUUUCAGGUAGAAUGUGACGCAUCCGGUGUGGGGAUUGGUGGUGUUCUAAGCCAAAACGCUCGAUCGCUUUUUUUAGUGAAAAGUUAAAUGAAGCCCGUCGCAAAUACUCUACGUACGAGGAGUUUUAUGCCAUCGUGUGGGCCCUUGAAACAUGGAGACAUUACCUCAUUGGUAGCGAGUUCGUUCUUUUUUCCGACCACGAAGCCCUCAAGUAUAUUAACGGAAUCCAUAAAUUAAACCCCCGUCAUGCAAAAUGGGUUGAAACAUUACAAGCAUUUUAUUUUGUUAUAAAACAUAAGGUAGGGGCACAAAACCAGGUGGCUGACGCCCUUAGCAGAUGCUAUUCUUUACUCAGCACAAUGAGUGUGCAGGUUCUUGGGUUUGACACUUUCCGUGACCUAUACCGUAAUGAUCCUGAUUUCCAAGAUAUAUGGGCAGCAUGUGGGUCUGGUUCAUUUCAAUGAUUCACCAAACAAGAUGGUUAUUUGUUUCGAGAAAACCAAUUGUGUAUUCCCGACAACUCUUUACGUGAUGCGAUUAUUUUAGAGAGCCAUGCGGGUGGACUGGUCAUUUCGGUCGUGACAAAACUAUAGGGCAGGUCUGGGAACACUACUACUGGCCAAGACUAACCAAAGACGUUGGUCGGAUUAUCGCAAGGUGUCGGGUAUGCCAUGUUGUCAAAAUGCAUGGUAGUAACGCGGGCUUAUACUUACCGUUACCGGUACCUACCGCCCCGUGGGACGAUAUUAGUUUAGAUUUCGUUUUGGGAUUACCUAAAACUCAACGGCAAAAGACUCAGUGAUGGUAGUAGUUGAUCGUUUCUACAAGAUGGCACAUUUUCUCGCAUGUACAUGAACGUAUGACGCCAGCCAAGUGGCUCGUUUAUUUUUCGUUGAAAUCGUCAGGUUGCAUGGAGUUCCCAAGACUAUUACAUUUGAUCGUGACGUUAAAUUCGUGGGAUAUUUUUGGCAGACUCUAUGGAGUAACCUCGGGUCCAAACUACAGUUUAGUAGUGCCCAUCAUCCCCAAACGGAUAAUGCAGAUGGAAAACAGCAUGCAGAUCAUAUCAAGGAGCUACACCAGUAGGUACAACAGAACAUUAUCAAUGCUAACAAUCAUUACUGGGAGCAGGCUAAUAAAAAACGUAGACGAGUCAUUUUUAAAGAAGGCGACCUGGUCUGGCUGCACUCGCGCGAGGAGCGCUUCCCUGGUGGACGAUUUGGUAAACUUCAUCCAAGAGCUGAUGGUCCCUUUCAAAUUGUGAAAAAAAAAUAAAUGAUAAUGCAUAUAAGUUGGAUCUGUUGGGUCGUUACAACGUUUCAGCUACCUUUAAUGUGUCGGAUUUAGCACCAUAUGAGGGAACAGAUGUAGAGGACAAUGCAUGUGAUGAGGAAGACUUCCAAGCGGGGGAGGACGAUGACGGAGCAUCUAAUCUUGACCCAGUUCAAUUGGUGAAUUUUUAAUUACGUGCAGGUCUUUUAUUUAUUUAUUUGGUGGUCAAAUUAAUUUGUUUUGACUUUUUAGUAUUUCCUUUCUAAGUUUAUUAGACUUUCCAAAAUUUUGGUUUUGCUUGCUUUUUGUAUCGAACCCUAAGCCAGAAACGGCGGUUUUUUCUGGAAUGCUACUUUUUCUUUGGAAUAUUCACGUGAAAACCUUGUGUCGAAGGUUUAGCCUCCUGUUGAUCAUCUUAGUAGGGUUUUGCCAUUUGAUUGUGAAAUUAGAACGCAUCAGUUAUUAGUUAAGAAUCUUCGUUGAAUAACGGUGGUUCAAAAAUCGCUUCUAGCAAAUACUGGAAUGGCCAAGACAAUGAGUGUUACAAGAAAUGAUGAUGAUGCAUCAUCAUCAUCAAGCAGGAAGAGGUUCAAGACUUUUGACAAUGGUGGUGUGGCAUCUUGGUCGGAUGUUAACCAUGAUGUGCUUUUUAUAGUUAUGAUGAAACUGGGAGUUGUUGAUUUUGUUGCAUUCAGUGGAGUUUGCAAGUCAUGGAGGUCACUUGCAGUCUCUAACAGGAACACGUUUAUGGCGUCCAAACCACCCAUGCAGAUAAGCAUCGGGCCCCACGUUAAUAAGGAAGACUCCUAUUAUUUCCUUGAGGACUUGAUAGAAGGAAGAUUUAAAACCAUUAUUCCCCAUUCUUCAUGCAGGGCCUAUUUCGGAUUAACUUGUGGUUACCUUAUCUUAUUCGGAAGGGAAACCCGCGACUUCUGGCUUGUGAAUCCUAUCACAAGGGAUGAACUUCAUUUCCCCAAUUACCCCUUAAUUGUAACUUCUCAUGAAGUACAAAUGAGGGCUAUCAAGGGUAUCCUUGUCUUUUCACCUUCAAUAUCUGGGUGUGUGUUUGUUGUGUUACAUAGAAAAAAUAUAUCAUUUUCUAUAGUGGGUAAACAAGGCUGGAAUCAUAUCUCCUCCCCUAUCCCCACUCCUGAAAUCCUUGAUUUACAUGUUUUAAAGGGGAAGAUAUAUAGCAUACACACUGAUUCUUCGAUAUGUGAACUCAGACUUGAUCAGAAUCAAAAUCUCAAAUGGACUUCAUUCGAAACCAAAAAUUAUCCAAAGAAAGACUGGUUUCCACCAGAGUUUGUAAGUUCGGGAGAAAAGCUUUAUAUGAUAUAUCGGUCUUCAUCAUCACGGAGAAAGGUUAUGGAAUUAGAUUUUGGUGAAAUGAAAUGGGUCCCACCGAAAAAGACAACAGGAGAAUGUGUUUUCUUUCUUAGCAGGUUCACUUCUUGUGUUGCUAUUAAACCUGAGUCAUGGCCUGAACUUCAGACACUAUACAGGAGCUGUGGUUACUUUCUUGAUGAUGAUAAAAGUCGACAGUGCAUGUUCUGUUAUGAAUGGAUGUGGUACUUCCCUCAUGAUUGUUUGAAUGUUACUGUCUUGGAUGAGUGAUGGCUUCUUAAUUAUCACUCUUUUUUUUUUUUUGUUAUGGACUACAUAAUUCCCAUCUGUACAACAUUUUCAAGACCUUAAGAACCACUAUUGGUCUACGUGGAUCUUGCAACUUAUUAUUUGAAUAUUUUGGUUUGCUGUUU